AUGUCCUUCCCUCUGCCCGAUGACGUCCUCCUCCUGGUCGGGGAGUUUUUGCAAGACCACCGGGACCGCUACCGUCUGGUCUUUGUCUGCCGUCGCUUUCAUGACCUUUUCCUGCGCCUGGUGUAUCGAAUGGUGACCUUGAAGAAUGGUCCGCAAACGCGAUCUUUCCUAGGUGCCAUUCUGCGUCGACCCGAGCUGGCUCGGGCUGUGCGGAGCAUGUACUUUGAAGACUGGAAGCAGACGUCUGUCUCUCCGCCUCCCUUCCCAUCGUCUUGGGAGGCGGAUUGGACAUUAUAUAAGAACUGGGCGCAGGCGGUCAGCCAUUCGGAGGAGGAGCAUGUGCAAUGGGAGCAGGAUCUUGCCAACAGCGUCGAGGAGGCGUGGAUUGCCCUUGUCCUGCCGCUCGUGGCCAACGUCAGGCAGCUCCGGCUGGUGUAUCCUAAGGAGAGCGUGUACCUGGACCGUACGUUGCAGCGGGCCAUGAAGGGAGAGAGGCCCUUCGACAGCCAGCCGGCCUUCGGGGCGCUGCAGGAAGUGUCGCUACGUCACAUGGAGACCGAGGGGGAUAGCCCCGGCAGCUAUCUACCAUCCCAGAUCCUCCCCUUCUUCCAACUACCGUGUAUGCGAACGUUGACGGCGGAUUCGGUGAUCGAGUCCCAGGCCCCCAGCAGCGAGUGGCCACCCACGGGGACCUCGAAGAUUUCGGAGAUCACAUUGCAAUCGAGCAAUGGCUCCAAGGGGAUGCAAGGACUGAUCGCCUCCUGUUCGUCCCUCCAGUCGUUCAAAUACCAGCACUCGGAUUCCCACCUGCAGUCCGAGGCCUACCAACCGGCGGCGUUUGCGCGGUCGCUGGCCGGAAGCAAAGGCAGUCUUCAGACGCUGUGGCUGGACAGCUACGGGACACACCUGCCCUUCACGAUUACCGGGGCCAAUGAGACUCAUGACGAGUGGUUUGGGCCCUUGGUGGAAUUCACCGUAUUGAAGGACCUCCGCAUCCGGCUGCCCAACCUGCUGGAUAUCCGGUACCAGCCCGAACCAUCCACCGCUUUACCUGAUGUCCUCCCGCCGUCGGUAGAAUCGCUGGCCGUGGAGGGCUGCAAGGAGCAGUCGCUGGGGAUGUUGAUUGGACAACUGAAGUUGGUGGUCGGCCAGCGGAAAACCCGGUUCCUCGGCCUGCGUCAGCUGGAUAUCGAAGGGUUCUUUCAUGACGAGGAGGACGAGGAUGCAUCUGGAUACCAGGCGGACACGGCUACUGGCGGCGAGAAGGUCAUCAAAUCGCGGGUUUACGAGAUGGCACAGACGUUGCACACCGCAUGUGUCGAGGCUGGGAUCCAACUGCGCCUGCGCGACCGGGAAUGCCCUGCAACGAUGUCGUCCAUCUAUCGGGCGGAUGACUUCCCCGACCGUGAGGCUAAACAGGAGAAACAUCAGUACCAGGAUCCCGUCCCAAACUAUGAUGAUGAUCCAUUUGGAAAUGAGGAGUUUGCUGAGGUUAAAUAUCGCACCUUGCAUUGGUGCCUCGUUAACCGUUCUAUUCCAUACCAGGCAAUGCGGGAUGAUUAUGAUCGCCGAAACCAUUUCCCUGGGUAUCUUGUCGCUCCCGUCGGCCGUAGCGACGCUCGGCUUGGCUCCGUGAGUUUCUCCAUUGGCACUGCCUUCCCGUCUCAAGACAUUUGGCGUCUUGGGUGGCUGAUAACAAGCCUUGUGGCACGUUUCAUCUCCUAUAGGGCUGUCGUCCUUAUUGUGGGCCUUGGCAUCGUUGCGACUUAUACCGGUUAUGUGAUCGGCCAGUUCAAGCUACGCUAUCCUCAUGUACAUAGCAUGGCGGACGCCGGCGAGGUCAUGAUGGGGAGCUUCGGCCGUGAGUUACUGGGAACCGCUCAGCUGCUCUUCCUCGUCUUCAUCAUGGGCAGCCAUAUCCUCACCUUCAUCGUCAUGAUGAAUACCGUGACGGACCAUGGGACGUGUUCUAUUGUUUUUGGUGUCGUCGGUUUGAUCAUUUCUUUCAUCUUGGCCCUGCCGCGCACGCUGAAAAAAGUGUCGUGGAUGUCGAUCUCAUCAUUUAUCAGUAUUCUGACCGCGGUGCUGAUCACCAUGAUCGCCAUCGCGAUCCAGCGCCCGGGCAAGGGAAAGAUCGAUACGACGGUGGAUACCAGCCUGUAUAAGGGCUUUUUAGCGGUGACGAACAUUGUUUUUGCCUACGCCGGCCAUGUCGCCUUCUUCGGCUUCAUCUCGGAGAUGGCGAUACCGACGGAUUACCCCAAGACGCUGUAUAUGCUGCAAGCUACCGACACGAGCAUGUACGCCGUCACGGCCAUCGUGAUCUACUACUACGGUGGGAAGGACGUGAAGUCCCCGGCGCUGGGAUCGACCAGCCCGUUGAUCUCGAAGAUCGCCUACGGGAUUGCCAUUCCGACUAUUGUGAUUGCCGGCGUCAUUAAUGGACACGUCGCAUGCAAGUACAUCUAUGUGCGUCUCUUCCGCGGCACCGAUCGUAUGCAGAAGCGCAACCUGGUAUCGCUGGGCACCUGGGUGCUGAUUGGCAUUGUGCUCUGGACGCUGGCGUGGAUCAUUGCCGAGGCGAUUCCAGUAUUCAACAACCUCUUGAGUUUGAUCACGGCACUCUUUGCGAAUGGAAUGAGUGGGAUUUUCUGGCUCUUCCUGAACUACGGACGAUAUACUUCCUCAGGGCGGAAGAUCGCCCUGACGAUCCUGAACUUGAUUAUCGUCGGCAUUGGGGGUUGUCUGUGUGGUCUGGGACUGUAUGUGUCUGGAAAGGCGCUCCACGACAAUCCCAGUAGCGCUAGCUUUUCUUGCGCCAACAAUGCAUAG